AUGGCCCACAAUUUCGGAGAUGCGCCGCAGAAUCUCAUUGAACCCGCCAGCGGGAACUACAACGUAGCUGUUUUGAUGGCUAAUUUUACGAGAGCCGGUGCUGCUGCGAUCCCCAUGGAUCCAGCCGAUAUCCAAGCCCGGCUAGGCGACGUAUUUUCCGAUCACGCGACUGACGAAGGAAUGUUUCGGACAGUUGCUUAUGUUAUUCGUACUCCAUGUGGCGGCGGGCAUUGGUUGUGCAUGCUCAACGGCUCCAUGAUUCCUGGAAGUUCAUCGGAGGAGGCCCCCGCGAUGCUGUGCGAUUCUCUGUACUCCGCCCCGCACCUCUUGACAUUCAUGCAGGUUGAGGACCUUGUCACUCUCUGUGCGUUCGAGCACGCCCAAAGAGCAUCAAUCGCAGAUUCUUUUUGUCCGUGGCACUGCUUUCUGAUCGGACUCCGCGUCGAAAACUAG